GUGUUGUGUCACUAGACUUUGACCAGAUAUUAUUGCAUCCAAAGAUCAACUGAACCUAGAAUAUAGAUACAGAGACACUUGUCAUCAGGAAGGUUCUCUCUCAGCACAACGGAAAAUAUCUCAAUGACUUGACAUGUUCUGGUUGUGAAUUCAGGCUACAAGGGGUCAGUGCUCUAAAAUGAGUCUCUCUGGGAAGAGAGAGGAGGGGGGCCCUGCCUCUAAAAUGCAUCUCUCUGGGGGACAUGACACCAAAGCUAAGAGACCAAUCCAGCAGGAGAGACCAGCCUCCCCUGUACCCAGCUGUGUGUCCAUGAAGAGUGACUGGUCUAUGGGUCGUCCUAUACACUUUAGAGAGGGAGACUUUUCUACUGAACAAAGAAACCAACAGGGGAGAUCAGAGUCAGAGAUUCUCAGUGGUCAGUCUUCCCAGAGUCAUCAAACAGACCUGGCCUCCAUAUUCAGUUUGCUUGAAGAGAAAAUGAUGACAUUUGUGAAGAACGAGCUGAAGAUGUUCAAGAGGAUUCUUAGUCCAGAACUCCCAGAAGGCUUUGAGAGUCAGAAGCAGGAUAAGGAAGUGGUGGACCCUGAAGAUGAGAAGCAGGAGAGCAGUGCCAGAGAGGGGGCUCUGAAGAUCACACUGCACGUCCUGAGGAAAAUGAACCAGAAGGAGCUUGCUGACACACUGGAGAAAUAUGAUCCUGCUGUGAUUUGCCAACGUGAACUCAAAUCUAAUCUAAAGAAGAAGUUUCAAUGUGUAUUUGAGGGGAUCGCUAAACAAGGAAACCCAACACUUCUCAAUAAGAUCUACACAGAGCUCUACAUCACAGAGGGUGGAACAGGAGAGGUCAAUAAUGAACAUGAGCUGAGACAGAUUGAGACAACAACCAGGAAACAAGCAAGACCAGAGACUGCAAUCAAAUGUAACGGCAUCUUCAAACCCUUAACUGGACAAGAUAAACCUAUCAGAACUGUGCUGACAAAGGGAGUCGCUGGCAUUGGAAAAACAGUCUCUGUGCAGAAGUUCACUCUCGACUGGGCUGAAGGAAAGGCAAAUCAGGAUGUCCAAUUUGUAUUUUCAUUCCCUUUUCGGGAGCUGAAUUUGAUGAAAGAGGACAAACACACGUUCAUUGAACUUCUCCAUCAGUUCUCAAUGGUAACCAAACAAUCAAGAAUCUCCAACUACGACAAAUACAAAGUUCUGUUCAUCUUUGAUGGUCUGGAUGAAUGCCGACUGCCCCUAGACUUCCAGAAGAACAAGAUCUGUUGGGACGUCACAGAGUCAACAUCAGUGGAUGUUCUGCUGACAAAUCUCAUCAAGGGAGAUCUGCUCCCCUCUGCUCUCCUCUGGAUAACUACCCGACCUGCAGCAGCCCAUAAGAUCCCUUCAGGGUGUGUUGACCAGGUGACAGAGGUACGAGGGUUCAAUGACCCACAGAAGGAGGAGUACUUCAGGAAUAGAUUCAGUGACGAGGACCUGGCCAGCAGAAUCAUCUCACACAUAAAGACAUCAAGGAGCCUCCACAUCAUGUGCCACAUUCCAGUCUUCUGUUGGAUUUCUGCAACAGUCCUUGAACACAUGCUGAAACAUAAGAGAGAAGAGAUGCCCAAGACUCUGACUGAGAUGUACACACACCUUGUGGUGUUUCAUACCAAACAGAAGAAUGAAAAGUAUCUUGGGAAAGAAGAGACAGGUCCAGACUGGAAUAAAGAGAGCAUUCUGUCACUGGGAAAACUGGCUUUCCAACAGCUUGUGAAUGGUAAUCUGAUUUUCUAUGAAGAAGACCUGAAAGAGGCUGGCAUUGAUGUCAAUGAAGCCUCAGUGUACUCAGGAUUGUGCACACAGCUCUUUAAAGAGGAAUGUGGGCUGUACCAGUACAAGGUGUACUGCUUUGUUCAUCUGAGCAUUCAGGAGUUUCUGGCUGCUGUAUAUGUGUUCCUCUCAUUCAUCAACAACAAUGAGAAUCUAAUGGAUGAACUGCAAACAAACGACGAGCCUGAAGUUACUUUCUACAAGAGUGCUGUGGAUAAAGCCUUACAAAGUGAGACGGGAAACCUGGACCUUUUCCUCCGCUUCCUUCUGGGCCUCUCACUGGAGUCCAAUCAGAAGCACUUACGAGGUCUACUGACAAAGACAAGAAGCAGCUCACAGAGCCAUGAAGAAACAGUCAAGUACAUCAAGGAGAAGAUGAGGGAGAAUCCUUCUCCAGAGAGGUGCAUCAAUCUGUUCCACUGUCUGAAUGAACUGAAUGACCAUUCUCUAGUGGAGGAGAUCCAAAGAUACCUGAGAUCAGGAAAUCUCUCUAGAGCCAAACUGUCACUUGCACAGUGGUCAGCUCUGGUCUUUGUGUUGCUGACUUCAGAAAAGGAGCUGGAUGUGUUUGACCUAAAGAAAUACUCCGGAUCAGAGGAAGGUCUUCUGAGGCUGCUGCCAGUGGUCAAAGCCUCCAGAGCUGUUCUGCUGUCAGGCUGUGGAGUCACAGAGGAAGGCUGUGCUUCUCUGGUGUCAGCUCUGAGGUCGAACCCCUCACACCUGAGAGAGCUGGACCUGAGUAACAAUGACCUGAAGGAUUCAGGAGUGAAGCUGCUCUCUGAUGGACUGGGGAAUCCCCACUGUAAACUGGAGACUCUGAGGUCAGUAUUCCUGUAGUUGGUCAACAAGUGAUAACUGUUCACCAGAUCCACAUGUGUUUACCAGGCACACAUAGUCCACACCAUAUGUGUUUGGACAGUGAAGCUUAGAGUUUUACAUUUGGUGCUCUGCUCCAGCAUUUUGGAUUUGAGAUAGAAUGUUUCAUAUUA